CCUACCUCCCAGUAAUGUCCUCGUCUUUUCAGCUCUCCUUCCGUUGUUUACCUUCAAAUAUCUCACGUUCAACAACAAUUACAAGAGCCACUUCAUAAUUAAUACUACACUUUUCAAACACCAAAAUUAAGAAUAUUGAAUAUUAUCUAAAACAAUGGCCUCUCCCUCAGUAGAACCCAAUGAUCUCUUCGGAGUCAAAGGAUUGGUCGUCGUUGUAACGGGCGGGGGAAGCGGUAUUGGUCUCAUGAUGGUAAAUGCCCUUGAGAGCAACGGUGCGAUUGUCUACGUUAUUGGCCGCCGCAAGGAGACCUUAGAGAAAGCUGCUGCCACUGCUAAACAUGGAAACAUUCGCAUAAUCCAAGGCGAUGUGUCUAACAAGGCCGACCUUGAACGGGCCGUCGCCGAGAUCAAGUCAGCAGUAGGAUAUGUCAAUGUUGUGGUAGCAAAUUCUGGUGUACCAGGCCCUACUAUGGGCGCAUUGCCGCAAAACCCCAGCAUUUCGGACUUCCGCAACUUCGUCUUCGGCUGGGACACGGCUGAAUUCAAUAACACAUAUGCUGUAAACUCUACAGGCGUGUUUUUCACCGUCGCUGCAUUCCUAGAGCUUCUUGACGAGGGCAACAAGCGUGGAAAUCUGAAGCAGAAGAGCCAGGUUAUAGCCACGUCCAGCAUUGGUGCAUACAACAGAAUCCCUGCUGCUGGAUACGCUUACGGAAGCUCUAAGGCCGGAGUGGUCCAUAUGAUGAAGCAGUUGGCAACCGCUCUUGUGCCAUAUGGCAUUCGAUCCAAUGUCAUCGCUCCAGGAUUCUACCCAAGCGAAAUGACCGAGCCUCUGCUCCAAAACCGACCAACUCAGGAGUGGCCCAAGAGUGUUGUUCCUGAGCAGAGACUUGGUGAUCAGGAAGACAUUGCUGGCGCGAUCCUGUUCUUGGUGAGCAAGGCUGGCGCCUACAUCAAUGGAAACGUGCUGGUGACGGAUGGAGGACGGUUAGGCGUUGUACCUGCUGCCUAUUAAAAUGUUUUAGAAUGUCUUGAUGAUACAGCUGUUACUAUUGCCUGAAAAGGGGCAUGUGCUAAGUCACUUGCAAUAUGAAGAUUGAUAUACAGUAACUUGGGCGUAAUUUCCGAGUCUUCAUCCACAUCCCUAAAUGUUCUAAAUAAAGUACAACUUUCCAAUUGGCUGCCAAUCUUAUAGCCACGGC